CAUGACCAUGGUGAAAGUAAUUGGAGCCCAGCCAAUACUGAACAAGAGAUUCUCUCUGACCUGUGGCACCGCUGGAACGGUUUACUCCAUUCAGUGGAUGAGGAACGGCUGGCCUCUGUAUGCUGACAACAGAACAGACUUCUCUAUGAACAACAAUACACUGACAUUCAACUCUGUCCAGCAUUCUGACAAUGGAGACUAUCAGUGUUCUGCCUCCAACCCCCUCAGCAACAUGACCAGCCCAGAAUACAGACUGAUCGUCAACUAUGGACCGGAGAAGCCUAUAAUAACAGGACCAGCAUUAGGAGAAACAGGACACAGCGUGACCUUCAACUGCUCUGCCUCCUCUCAGCCUCUCAGCCAGUUCAGCUGGUUCUUCAAUGGAUCCCAGGUGGCGACUGGCUCAGUGUAUGAGACGGGCCCACUGACCUUAGCCAGUCAUGGGGAAUACACCUGUGUGGCCUUCAACAACAUCACUUGCAGAAACAGCACUGUCUCCAAGAUGCUCACUAUUGUUGCAACAGUGACCGUGACCAUGGUGAAAGUAAUUGGAGCCCAGCCAAUCCUGAAGGAGAGAUUCUCUCUGACCUGUGGCACCGCUGGAACGGUUUACUUCAUUCAGUGGAUGAAAAACGGCUGGCCUCUGUAUGUUGACAACAGAACAGACUUCUCUAUGAACAACAAUACACUGACAUUCAACUCAUUACAGCAUUCUGACAAUGGAGACUAUCAGUGUUCUGCCUCCAACCCCCUCAGCAACAUGACCAGCCCAGAAUACAGACUGAUCGUCAACUAUGGACCGGAGAUGCCAAUAAUAACAGGACCAGCAUUAGGAGAAACAGGACACAGCGUGACCUUCAACUGCUCAGCUUCCUCUCAGCCUCUCAGCCAGUUCAGCUGGUUCUUCAAUGGCUCCCAGGUGGCAACUGGCUCAAAGUAUGAGACUGGCCCACUGACCUUAGCCAGUCAUGGGAAAUACACCUGUGUGGCCUUCAACAACAUCACUUGCAGAAACAGCACUGUCUCCAAGAUGCUCACUAUUGUUGCGCCAAUAACCUCAGUGUCCAUAAGCACCGGUGGAAACCAGGCGAUAGAGGGUGACUCCUUUACAAUGACUUGCAAUAUCGUUGGUGAUCCUAGCUCCAUUCACUGGUGGAAGAACCUCACGUUAGUGCAUCUGGAUAACAGAACCCACGUCUCUUUCGACAACAGAACACUGACCUUCAACCCUGUCCAGUAUUCUUCCUAUGGAGAAUAUCAGUGUAUGGCCAGAAAUAGUAUAAGCAACAGAACUAGCACCCGCUACACACUCCUAGUGAAUUAUGGACCCAAGCAACCUGUGAUAGCUGGUGCACCCAUUGCCGAAACAGAACAAAGAGUGACCUUCAACUGCUCAGCCUCCUCUCAGCCUCUCAGCCAGUUCAGCUGGUUCUUCAAUGGCUCCCGGGUGGCAACAGGCUCAGAGUAUGAGACGGGCCCACUGACCUUAGCCAGUCAUGGGGAGUAUACUUGUGUGGCCUUCAACAACGCCACUGGCAGAAACAGCACUGUCUCCAAGAUGCUCACCGUCAUUGAGGCUAUAAAGUCGGUGAUGGUGAAACGAAACAAAACGCCGAUAUCAUCUGACAACCUAACCCUGACCUGUGAUGUCACCGGGCGCUAUGACACCAUCUACUGGAUGAAGGACAACCUGCCUCUGGUCCUGAACAACACCUUGAACUCUGACAUCACCAUCUCUAACAACUCUUUGCACUUCAGUCCAGUCAAGGUGUCUAACGAUGGAAACUAUCAGUGCGUCGCCACCAACCUCCUUCGCCCACACACCAGCCCUAAAUACCAGCUAUUGGUGAACUAUGGCCCUUUGAGUGUGAACGUCUCUGGCCCAGGCUUAGUGGUGAUUGGCUCAGUAAUCCCUGUCAGUCUGAAGUGCUCAGCCGACUCCCGGCCAACCAGCGAGUACCGGUGGAAAUACAACAACCAACCAUUGACCGCGACUGGUCCUUUGAUGGCUGUAGGUGUCUCCUUGAAAAAUGCAGGGAUUUACACCUGUGUGGCCAAGAACUCUCUAACUAACAUCUCAAUGUCCAAGAACAUUAGUCUGGAUGUCACUGGCCACUCGCCUGCCCCUCCAUUCCAGUCCAGACUUGGUCUGAUGUUGAUGGGCCUUGCAGCUCUCUCUCUGCCUCUGAUCAACCACUGAGACUACCACACUGCAUGUCUGCUGGCUGGGAGCCAAUCACUCCCUUCCCUCUACCCUCACUGACUCCCCUCACUGAUCUGAAAAAGGACUGGAUAGAAAUAAGUGGUAUUGUCAAUAUUGUAAUUGCCCAAUCGUACCAUCAUAGGGCUGAGUUUAGUGUGCUUAGCUCUUUUCCAAUGCUUUUAGAUUGUGAGGAGAGAGUCAACAAGAGGUCAGAAGGGAGGGGCCUAUCCCCAUAGAAUAGAACCCACCUCAACAGUUUGUUUUUAUGUCAAUCAUCUCUAUAAACUGAUAUUCGUCUUCCACAUGGUAAUUGAAGGCG